AUGAAUACAGUAAGGAUAAUACUUAUUUUUUUCUGUUUUCCAGAUUUAUCUUAUGCAUGGACCUUCAAUGAUAACCCCUUAUAUGUCCAAGAGGACAACAGGCGGUUUGUAUCACAAGAGACAGGAAACUUGUACAUUGCCAAAGUAGAACCAUCAGAUGUGGGCAACUACACUUGCUUCAUAACAAACAAAGAAGCCCAGAGAAGUGUUCAAGGACCACCCACUCCAUUAGUGCAGCGCACUGAUGGUGUGAUGGGGGAAUAUGAACCAAAGAUUGAAGUGCGUUUUCCUGAAACUAUACAAGCUGCAAAGGAUACAUCUGUAAAACUGGAAUGCUUUGCCCUUGGAAAGUAAGGUGUUUUUUUUUUCUGGGUUGUUUUAAUUAAAAAAACCUUUUUGUUAUUCAAAUAUUGCUCUACAAUAAAUUACCAAAUAGAUUUCAAAGGCUACGCAAAAAUGGAACUUUCUGAUUGGAAUUUAAAUAGACAUGCCUAAUACUCGGAAAAUGAUUGGUGCUGCGAUUCUCCCCUAAAUGUGCUGAUAUUUCCUCAUUUGAGCAUAAUGAGACCCAUUUAAGCAGCAUAUUGCAGAAGAACAAGUGCACUUGUCUAAGAUGGUGGGCAAGUCACUAAACCUUCGACAUAUCCUUCAUUCCAUCUCAUCCUACAUCCAGAAAUAUAUUGCCU